CAUAUAUACACAAUGACAUCUUCAAGAGCCAACGCCCUAGCCACCGGAGUAAACGGCUACGUCGGCAACUCACUAGCCACGCCUUCGUCCGCGCCGGCUACAAAACUUACGGCCCGCACUCCUCCCUCCUCUCUACCCUCUCAUCCGCAGAAGUCAUCCCUCUCCUCGGAUCCCCCGUCGACACCUCCCUCCGUCCGUCCCUCUCAGCUCAAGUAAUCAUCUUCCCAAUCCUCGUCUCCACAAUCCAGGAUGUAAACAAC